AUGAUGACAACAAUAUUAUUCGUUUAUCUUGUUUUAUUUUUCACGAUAACUAAUGGACAAGACAAUCUAUGUGAACCAAAUGGUUUAUGGUCAUGGACACCAUGGUUUAAUUUUCAUACACCAAAUUCUAAAGGUGAAUAUGAAUUACAUGCUGCUAUUCGUAGUCAACAUCCAACUAUUGUUUGUGCUGAACCACGUGCUGUAUCAGCAGUUAAUCAAGCUGGCAUUAAUAUGAAUGACACACUUGAUAUGAUUAUAUUACGUUCAUAUGAUAUUUUUUGUCUUAAUACUUAUGAUCCAAAAUUUCAACAAAAAAUAUGUGAUGAUUAUAGUGUACGUUAUUGUUGUCCAGUAGUUACAAAUUCAUCAACAAAUAAAGAUGAGAUACGUGAAUUAUUUAUAAGUAGUAAUACAAAUUCAUUAGUUGAUAAUCAACCAAAAGCUGCACAAUUGAAAUGUGGUCGAGCACCACGUGCUAUUACUGAUCAAUCUAAUACUGCUACAAAUAUAUUGAUGUCUCUAUUAAAUGCAGUACUGCCAAAAAUUAUAAAUGGAAUUGAAGCACGUCCUAAUAGUUGGCCUUGGCUUGUAUCCAUUGGUAUUCAAUAUCGUGGUCCAACAGGUAUUUGGCAAAAUCGUACUCAUGUAUGUGGUGGUACACUAAUAGAAUCAUCACAUGUUCUAACAGCUGCUCAUUGUCUUGAACAAAAAAUAGAUGAUCGUUUUGUUCCAUUAACAUCAACAAAUCCAUCAUUAGAAUCAUUUUUUAUUUUACGUAUUGGUAUUCAUGAUAUUCGUUUAACACAACCAAGCGAAAUUUAUCGUGCAAAACGUAUAUAUAUUCAUGAAAAUUUCAUUUCAAGUACAUUUGAAAAUGAUAUAGCAAUUAUUCGACUUGAUCGACCAGUACGAAUUACUGAACAUAUAUCACCAAUUUGUUUACCAUCAAAUAAUGUUGCACCAGGUAAAAAAGUAACUGUUGCCGGUUGGGGUACAGUAGCUGAAACAGCACGUAUUCAUUCGAAUGUACUUCGACAAGCUAAUAUUAAUGUUUUACCACCGAUUAAUUGUCGAGUUUAUACGGAUAUUCAUUAUGAUGCUUCAAAACAAUUAUGUGCUGCAGCUUUAGAUUGGUCAAAAGAUACUUGUGCUGGCGAUAGUGGUGGUCCAUUGAUGCAUCAAGAUAAUGGUAUAUGGUCAAUAGGUGGUAUUACAUCUUAUGGUUAUGGUUGUUCGAAACGUGGUUUUCCAGGUGUUUAUACUCGUACGGUGCCUCAUUUAUCAUGGAUUAAGACGAGAAUGCUGAGCAAUUAUUAG